CUUCAUCUCAAUUUCAGACACCUUCCACACCCAAUCAUAUGGAGAUACACUCUAGCUUUGCUUCUUCAAGCCAAACCCACAUUUUAAUAUUAAUGUUCAUCUGGGUUUUAAUGUCUGGGACCUUAGUGCAUGGCCAAGGGACUCGUGUUGGAUUCUAUGCUACAUCAUGUCCUAGAGCUGAAUCCAUUGUAAGCACAACGGUUGCUAGGCAUUUUCGAUCUAAUGCAGCCAUUGCUCCUGGUUUGCUGAGGAUGCAUUUCCAUGAUUGCUUUGUACGAGGAUGUGAUGCUUCUGUCCUUAUUGAUGGUUCCAAUACUGAGAAAACUGCACCACCAAAUCUUGGGUUGAAAGGCUUUGAAGUUAUUGACGAUGCCAAAACUCAGCUUGAAGCUGCAUGUCCUGGAAUUGUUUCUUGCUCUGAUAUUCUUGCACUUGCUGCCCGUGACUCUGUCGUUCUGACUGGAGGAGGAAGUUGGCUGGUGCCCACUGGACGUAGAGACGGCCGAGUGACAUCAGCAUCUGAAACAACAGAUUUGCCUGGCUUCAGAGAAUCCAUUGAUGCCCAAAAGCAAAAGUUCUCUGCAAAAGGUCUCAACACACAAGACCUUGUUGUACUUGUCGGAGGCCACACCAUAGGAACAACAGCUUGCCAGUUCUUUAGUUACAGAUUAUACAACUUCAACUCCACCUCAACUUCUGAUCCUUCCAUUAACCCUUCAUUUCUUCCUCAACUAAAAGCACUGUGUCCACAGAAUGGAGAUGGAACAAAGAGAGUUGCUUUAGACACAGACAGUUCAAACAGAUUUGAUGCAACUUUCUUCGACAACCUCAGAAAUGGCCGAGGAAUACUUGAGUCUGAUCAGAAACUGUGGACUGAUGCUUCUACAAGAAUCGUUGUUCAACGAUUCGUGGGUCUUGGUGGUUUGGUUGCAUUCAAUGCUGAGUUUGGAAGGUCCAUGGUUAAGAUGAGUAAUAUUGGAGUGAAGACAGGCAGUGAUGGUGAAAUUAGAAAAAUAUGUUCUGCAAUAAACUCAUGAUUUUGUCGGAGAACACAGUUGCUGAUGUGAGAAUGUUUUGCAUUGAAAGUGUGAAAUAAUGUCUGUCCGUCUUUUGUUUUAUAUAAAAAAAAAAAGGUGAUGAUAUGAUUUAGUGUAGAGAUGGAAAAUGAUGUAUUCAGCGUAAGCUGAUAAUAAUAACAAUGUUUUCAAACUACAGUUAUCUAUAUUUCUCAUAUUAUAUAAAUAAACGGAUAAUUUUUGCCUGGCC